AUGUCAGGAAGUGGUGGGAAGAACUCUCCAAAGUUCAGAAACGUGGCUCUCGGAAGCCUUUACUGGCGCCAUGUACUGCCUCUGCAGGCUGAUGAUCUGUCAGAGUUGAUGAAUGGACCAAUCAGAGCCAAGCUGAAGAUCAUUCCAGAUUCUGUCACAUGGGGAGGCCAGGCAGCAGAGGUCUUCUCAAACAUGGCCGGAGACUUUAUGAAGCCGGUGGUGAGUGUUGUGGACGACCUCCUGUGUGCGGGGAUAAACGUCACCGUGUACAAUGGGCAGCUGGACCUCAUCGUGGACACUGUUGGUCAGGAGGGAUGGGUCAAGCAGCUGAAGUGGAAGAAGCUGGACCAGUUCAAGAGCCUGCGCUGGAAGCCACUGCACCUGCAGUCCAGAGAAACGGCUGCUUUCUACAAAUCCUGGGAGAACUUCAGCUUCUACUGGAUUUUAAGAGCGGGGCACAUGGUGCCAUCCGACCAGCCAGAAACAUCCCUGAAAAUGCUGCGAAUGGUCACCAACCAGGACAAGUAA